UAGGAUACAGUGAAUUUUUGAGUGAGCAUGUGGGGUCAGAGGUUAAGAACCUUGGGCGGGGUGUGUACCAUUCCUCCUCACGACGGCUUGGCAUGACUUCCACUCGCAGCAAGAUGGUGGAUUCCAUACCAACAUUUCUUCAGAGGCAGUAUGACACAUGUAAACAGCCAGGACUAAGGCCAGGGCUGGCAGCGGGACUUUUGUUUUGUUAUGAUCCUCCCCAGGAAGUUGGAAGAGACGGGAGACCCAGAAAACAUUACACCAUUACCCACAGCAAAAACUUCCAGCACAUGUUUACUACACUGCUUCACGAGGUGACAAUCCAGCCCUCCAAUUGGCAGCAGUUGAUGCAGCUCCCACAGGCCUGGGUAGCCUUUAUGGACCGGCUGUUCUUGUCAGCUGUUGAGGGACGUAAAGCAGAGAUUGACCUUCAAUUGAAAAAGGAUCACAUUGGAGAGGAAGAGGCUUUGGAGAAACAGAAAGUAGCAUGGCUCUGGGUGAGAGACAAGUUAACUGAUUUGAUCAAAACAGCAUCUAGGGAAAGUCCUAAUGUUCAGGGAAAUGCAGUGCUGUCGUUGGGGGGUCUGGUGUUGGCCACACAGAAACAUUGGGUUGACCUUGACCAGGUGACUCAAGGUCAGCUUGACGAGGUCAGGGAGUUUCAGCCUCAAUCUCACUGGGUUGCUGUUGUCAUGGAUACACUGAUGUCCUUGAUGGAUAUGACCUUUCAGCCCAAAGGAAGCAUAUUGGGAAUCUGUCAACAGAGGUCGGUCAGUGACAGGAUGACUUGUAGUUUCCUUACACAGGCCUCCUCAGUCUUGGCUCUGAGCCAGCUUACACCAGUUAUGAUUAGCCAAGAUGUUGACAGGAUAUUUGUGAUUUUUGAGGCCCUGACAAAAUGGCUACCAGGACAGCCGGAGGCACCAGAGGCACCGGUCCUACAACUGGCUUAUGGUUUGGGUCUGGGAUGUCUUCUGGGAAAGCUGUCAGAGGAACACUUCAUGGAAACUUGUGGAUCCAAA